ACGGCAAAGUCUAAUUGCCCCUCGCGACCCCAUCGAACCCAAAAAUGACUUCAAAGGCUGCUCGAACAGACGAACGCUUCAUGUGUCGUGCGUUUCUGACCUCAAGCGGCAUCUUGAUGUGGACGAAUAAUAUCUAGAGGGCACGGCGAGAGAGCCUCGCCGCCUGGAGGCGCCGCCCACAACAUGGCGGACAUAAUCGCGACUUUUUGUCGUCUCAUGGACAAAGCUAACUACUACGCGUCGUCUGCGCAGUGGGAGCUGGCAGAGAACUGCUUCCGUGAGAUUCAAAAAUUGUACGAAGAUGAGCGGCUGCCCGUUUCAAUGGAAGUCGACCUGUAUUUGAAUCUCGCAAGGGUUGCUGGAUUUCAGGGUAAACAUCAAGAUGCCAUCGAGGCCCUGACGAAGGCGGCCAACGUGCAAGGGACCAACGAUAAACAGAAGUGUCAGAUCUAUGGCGAGCUUGGCAUCAACUAUAACCGGACGGAUCGGACGCUCGAAGCGGCGGAUAUGUUUCAGAGGCAAUUUGAUUUGAGCACCAAGAUGGCUUUCGAGAUGGAUGCGGAAACGUGCAGAGCAGCCGGCAAUCUAGGACAUACACACUUGCAGCUCUACAUGCGGCAUGCAAAAGCAGCAGAUCAACAAAAUCUACUGGGCAGUGCCAUGAGCCUCCAAGCGCAGCGAGUAGAAAUGGCGCAGACGCUGAUGGCUAAGUUGCAAGAGUGGCGGAAUAUACACGGGAGCCGUAACAUGCACGGCUUUAGUCAAUCCUGGAUCAACUUCUGGCUUGGAAAAUUGUGGUUAUGGGGAGUCAUUGGCAUAUCGCGCUCAGUGCUGACUUACAUCGCAGCAGGCCAAUUGAAGAACGCUUUAGCCUCUGGCCAUCAAGCGGUGGAGAUGACCAAGGACGCUGCUGGAGCUGACCCGACUAUCCGGUCGCUCAGUCGCUUCAUGUAUGGCCAUGCGCUGCUACACUCAGGAGAUGUCGCGAAUGCCAAGAUACCAUUCAACUAUCCUCACGCUUCCAUUCCGGGCAUCGUAGGCGUUUGCACGCCAGCGAUCGCCCUCUGUAGAGAAUCCUCGGCGGAACAUAUACUCUACUUGCAAGAAGUCAUCCGACACGGCGUUGAUCUCACCGCAUAUGAUGAACAAGGCUACAGCGCUCUGGACUAUGCCGUCUUCAGCAAUGACCUUCAAGCAGUCGACAUGAUCAAGGAGGGUCUGAGCUCGCAACUCGAUGUACAAAGCAUAGCACAGGCCUACAAAAUGGCGCAGAUCCGCAGACACUUUCGAGAGAUAUUUCAUAGCCGUUUUCGACCUAUCAUACAGAAUGGACAAACUAAAUUUAUGCGAGACUUGCGAUCCGAGUAUGCGGAGCUGUUGUCUGCUCAAGCUGAAAAGCGACAGAGGUUUGAUCGGCUUCGCGCCGUGCGAUAUGCUGACUUCAAGAACCACGCAGCACUUCCUCAUUGGAGUUCGAACACCAAUCAUCUUACGAUGGAAUAUGAACAGAUUAGAGAAACGUGCACGAGGGAGCCGCUUUUGGUGUUCUUCUCUUACCGGUGGAUCGGACAAUCUCAAGACUCUGAUAAGAGAAGCCCGGACAAUGAUCGCCAUUAUCAGUAUAGGCGCAUGGUUGAUGCUCUGGAGCAGCUGUUGAUGAACCAUCCUGAGGUCGAUGAACAAGAUUUGUAUAUCUGGCUGGAUUCUGCUUGCAUUGAUCAAGAAGAUCAAGAACCUGGCCGAAGGGAAAGGGGCAUCAACUCCUUGCCGAUCAUCAUCGCACAGUGUGAUGUCAUGAUCAGCGUUGUCGAUGCCGAGUAUCACGAGCGUGCCUGGUGUGCUGUCGAGACAUUGAUGUUCAAGACACUCCGCGAGAGCUCAAAAAGCUAUCUAUGGUAUGAGCACAUUACUAACGACAGCAACAACAUAGAGCCAUACGGCAGCCUCCAGCAUGUUCCUUUGAAGAUUGAACGAAACAUCCGCCCAGGGUCGAUGGCACUCAGUGUCGAAUCGGAUCGGCGGUAUAUAAAUUUCCUUCAGAGGCAAACUAUGCUAAUCGGCAAAGUGCUCUAGACAAUUCAAAUAAGUAUGGCUGAUAGACAGCCGACAGCUGCAUCUGCAUUGUCGGUUGGGUAUUCUGGUUCUGUGACAUGAGUGCAGCCCUCCAAAUUCUGCGAGACUUGCUCAAAACCAGGCAUUUUGAGAAUGUAUCUAUCGCGUCAAUGAUACGUCAUUCGAUGAACUCGAAAGCAAAUGCGAUGUUCGCAAAGGCGUCCGUCAAGAAUAUCGAGGGCCAUGACUUCUCGGACACGAAACGCUUCAGAGGGACAUCGAGUUCGUCUUGUGCAGCAUUGUACAUUCGAUCGUCAAGGGGCUUGGUGAUCAUCCUCAAACGCAUUACCAAUCUCCCAGAUCGCUACACUUUUAUAGCAGUGGAUCGAAUGAAAAUCCUCCAUUGGAUAGCUCUUUCUACGAGCUUCCAUACGGAAAGUACAGC